UGGUGUGAUAUUCUAUUUCUGAAAACAUUCUUCGAUUCAGACUGCAUUGGGAUUCAUGUUUUAAGAACCCCAAAGCAAAGCAAGGGGCUUCAAAGCUCCUUCGCUACAAAUCCAAAACCCUCGUUAUGAUUCUUCACUUCACCAUUCAAAGCGUUAUUUGGUAGCAUUUCAAUGGAGGUUUUGGGGGAUUUAUUGUUAUAAGCGGAAAUGCCGUCUACAAGUAGUUCUGGUAAGCCCUUUGGGGCAUUUCGUCGAUCUGUUCUAGGGUUUGGAGCUGAUCACGUCGAUAAACAAGUUCAUUUCGAGAACGGGUCAAAAUCACGACUUGAUCUCGAACUACAUGCGUUUCAAGAUCAAAUAUUUAGCCAGUUCAACGCACUUUCGUCAGCUUCCGAUGACCAAUUUCUAUCCAUCGAUUGGAUGUCAAACCUACUAGACGCAUUUCUCGCUUGUCAAGAACAUUUCACCGCCAUUCUCUUGAACAACGCGGGAACUCUUUCUAAACCUCCUUUAGACAAGCUGCUUACAGAGUUCUUCGAUAGGAGUAUCAAGGCUCUCGAUAUCUGUAACGCUGUUCGUGAUGGUAUCGAGAAAGUUCGGCUCUGGCAUAAGCACUUAGAGAUUGUUUCAACCGCUUUCGACUCAAAACAGAGGAAUCUGAUAACCGAAGGACAGUUUAGGCGGGCACGAAAGGCGUUAAACGAUUUAGCUAUCGUCAUGCUUGACGAUCAUAAAGACUCCGGAUCCGUUUCUUCACACAGAAACCGAUCUUUCGGGCGCCCAAACAAAGGAAAAGACGUUAACCAUCAACGGAAGAAAGGACACUCGAAGUCGCUUUCGUGGAGCGUAUCUAUUUCUUGGUCCGCAAGUAAGCAGCUUCAGUCAAUGGCAAACGGUUUAAUUCAGCCUCGAGCAAACGAGAUUUCCCACCAUUUCGGUCUUGCGAACUGCGUUUACACGAUGGGUUUUGUCCUAAUGUUUGUGUUAUGGACUGUAGUGGCUGCUAUCCCGUGUCAAGAUCGCGGUGUGUUUGGUUUCUCCUUACCGAAGCAGUUCUCGUGGAGUAAUCCACUGUCAUUGAUUCAUACUCGGGUUUUGGAUGAAUCAAAGAAGCGUGAACGUAAGAACAGCCCGGGGUUGUUGAGGGAGAUUUACAAAAUGGAGAAGACGAUUAACGUGAUUUCAGAUUUAAUCGACUCUGCUCACCAGUUUCCAUUGACGGAAGAACAGCAGAAAGAAGUGAAAGAGGGAGUUGAGGAGUUAUCUUUGGUUUGUACAUCGUGUAAGACCGGAUUAGAUACGUUCGAGCGCCAACUGAGAGAAGUUUUUUGCAAAGUUAUGAAUUGUCGGAUUGAAGGUCUUGGGGCCAUGAACAGGACAGAAUCUUGAAGAUGAAAUGGUCAUGAGAAGCAAGGGGGAAAAGAACAGAAAAGAAAAGAAGAGAAGCAAAACAUCGUUUUUGAAUAAUAUAAUAUACAUUUUGUUAGCUUGAGAAUGCGGAAGCAUGAUGUUCAAGUAAUAUACCAGUAAAAUUUUUGUGUAAAGAACCUAUGGCUUUUUAUGUGCUUUAUCUUUUUUCUCUA